CUCCUGUCCUCGUCCUCGCUCUGCUGCUGCUGCUGGGGGCCCUGGUGAAUGGGCAGCCCCGGGGACGGAUCCUGGGGGGCUAUGAGGCCAAGCCCCACCUGAGGCCGUACAUGGCCUCGCUGCAGCUGGACGGGCAGCACGUCUGCGGGGGCUUCCUCAUCGCUGAGCAGUGGGUGCUGAGCGCUGCCCACUGCACCGAGGAGAUGGACGGCAAAGUCUUCCAGGUCCUCCUGGGCGCCCACUCGCUGACGGAGCCGGAGCCCCACAAACGCCUGUACCGGGUGCGCGCCCAGAUCCCCCACCCCGGCAGCAACAUCCACAAUAACAAGGACGACCUCCUCCUCCUCCAGCUGGAGGAGAAAGCGGAGCUCAACGCGCACGUGCAGGUGCUGCCGUUCCAGCGGGAGGACAGAGACGUGGCGGCCGACACGAUGUGCCUGGUGGCAGGCUGGGGCACCACCAGCCACAGCGGCCGCCGGCCAGGCAAGCUCUACGAGGUGGAGCGGCCAGUGAUCAGCCGUGACAUCUGCAACCAGCGCACCUACCACGACCACACCGUCACCGAGAAGAUGAUGUGCACUGACUCCCGCAGGAAGGACACCUGCAAGGGAGACUCCGGCGGCCCCCUGGUCUGCAGCGGGGUGGCCGAAGGGGUGGUCACGGCCGGCUCCCGCGUCUGCGGCAACUACAAGAAACCCGCCAUCUACACCCGCAUCGCCCCGUACGCAGCCUGGAUCGACAGCGUCAUGGCCUCGGCGGCCAGGGAGGGAGACGCUCGCUGA